AUGAUGGAGGACAUAAAAAUAAGUUAUGAAGAAAAAGAAAAAUUUCAAAAAGCCUUUAGACAACAUGAAUUUCGAGUUUUAUUUGAUGAAUAUUUUGAUGAAAUAUCAGAUGAAAAAUAUAGAAAAGAAAAAGAAGACUAUUUAUUAAGUCUAUAUUUUAAAGGAGAAUUAAAAAAAGAUCAAAUUUUAAUUAAGCCUAAUGAAGUAUUUUGUGUUAAAACAAAAAUCUUAUAUUCAAAUCAAAUGAAUCAAAAUCUAUUUAUAAAUAUAUGCACACAUCAAGGUAUUUAUAGUAUUUCAUUUGAGGAUCUUUCAGUAGGAAAAAUUUGCAUACCUUAUUCACUAUCCCAAAUUCGACCUGACAAGCAAGGAGAUAACAUAUGCUGUCUUACGGUCGAUUGUUGCGUGAAUCCUUCGACUGUGGAUGCAAUAAGGGCAUAUAAUGAAGUUUUAAAUUUUUUGUUAGAAAAUGUUUGUCAAUGUAUAGAACAAAACUUUAUGAAAGACAAUGAAAAAAUAUGUCGAGACUUUAAAAUUUUAAAUGAUAUAAUUUGUAAAGGUGAUAAGCCUUUUUUAUUAUGUAUAAAUAAAAAUUCUAUUAUAAAAAAUGUUUUGAUUGAAGAAGAAAAAAAGCUAGACAAACUAAAAAAAGAGUUUGAAGAUAAAGAAAUAAUUACAACAGAAAAUGAUGUUAACCAACUUUUAAACAAAAGUAAAAUAAAAACUGAAAUAAAAAAUAGCAUGGAAGAUGAUGAGAAUAAUAUUAUAAAACCAGAUGAAAAGGAUUCAAAUUCAUAUGAAAAAGAAGAUAUGAAAAAAAUAGAAAAAAAAAAAUAUUAUAUAUAUCAUCAAGGUUCACUUAAUACAUCAUCUUUUUUCAAACUAAAAGAGUAUGAACAUAUUUCUCUAAAUUUACCAAAUAAAAUAAAAAUUUUAAUAAAUACUGAUAAUUAUAUCAAGAAAAAAGAUAUUAAGAUAGAUAUAAAGGAAAAAAAAAUGGAAGUUAUGUUUAACAAUGUUGAAGAGAACUUAAUAAUUGAUUUACCUUAUCCAUGUGAUUCAAAAGAUUAUUUAUGCAUUUUAAAAAAUAAAAAAAAAAUUGUUGAAAUAUAUUUAAAUUUAUGCAAAGAAUUUGUCAAGAGCUAUACUGAAAAAUUGUAUAAAGAGCAUGUUUAUAAAGAAGUAGAUGAAAAAAAAGAAGAUUCAGAUUCGUUAGAUUAUAUCGAUGAUUUAGUAAAGGGUUACGAAGCAGCACAAAACCAAAAGGAAGAAAUAAAAAAUUCUGGAAAAUCUAGUGAAAAUAUAUCAUUAAAUUGUGCUAAGUCUUUAUCAGAAAAUGAGCAAGACAUCCCAAUAGAGCCCUCUACAUGUACAGACAACGUAGUAGUAAAUACAGCAAAUAAUUGCCUAGAUUUUGAUGAAAAAAAAGAUAUUUUUAAUUUUAACAUAGAUGAAAAAGUUAAUAAAGAUUAUAUUAACAAGCCUAGUGAUAUAGAACCAUGUGCAUCUGAUGAAAAUAAUAAAAAAGAAAAAAAAAUAUAUUUAAAAGAUAUAAAUAACGAUGAAAACGACAUAGAUGAAUGUAAUGUGGAUUUGUCUAAUUCACCAAACUAUCAAAAUGAUAAAAAUAAUACAAAGGAUGCCGAAAAUGAUUGUACUUUGAAAAAUUUAAAAAUUGAGAUGGUUCAUGAUAGAAAAGGUUAUAUAUUAAAUGAGUGUAAUAACAAAGCUGACUAUAUAAUGAAAAAGGAUAAAGAUGAAAGAGAAAAGGAAAAUUUUAUUUUUGAAUUUAAUGAACAAGAACUUUUAAAUGAUGUUAACAUGCAUGACAAUAUGAGCAAGGACACAUUUUUUUCAUGUAUCUUAUGGGCAGCAUAUAUAUAA